AUGGUGGAUUUCUCGUCUAACGGCUCUCUAUCAACAAAGACCAUUGAUGAAACGUUGAAAUUAUUUGAGACGGUGGCUACUACUUCAGCCAUGUUGGAGGAAGCACCCAAACUUCUCUUGAGCUACGCCAAAUUCUUGAAGGGCAUCCCAUCUAAUAAACGCAAGCUAGAGGAAUAUGAAACCAUGAAGUUGACUGGGGAAUGUAUUGCCAGAAUCCAGAGAAAGCUACUUCCAAAGUUAAAAGACUUAAGGAGUUCUACUAUACCUUGCACUAUUGGAGAUUGUUAUUUUGAUAAAGCCUUAUGCGAUUUAGGUGCAAGUUUUAAUUUGAUGCCACUUUAUAUUUUCAGGAAACUCGAAUUAGGUGAAGCUAAAGCAACUACGAUAACUUUACAGCUAGCUAAUCGAUCCCUUACUCAUCUAAUAGCAAUCAUUGAAGAUGUAUUGAUUAAAGUGGAAAAAUUCAUUUCUCCAACUAAUUUUCUCAUUCUUGACAUGGAGGAAGACCAAGAUGUUCCACUCAUAUAG